AUGGCGUUCAAACGACAGCCCAUCCUCGCUCUUUUGAUCGUUGGCUGUGUCCUGUUCAUUCUACACAAAUGCAUAUUUCCUCCGUUGCCUCCGCCUUUUGAAAAUGAAGACCAUGCGCAGGCAGUACCGUCGCAGCAGCAUUUUUCCUGGAACAAAAUGAUAAUGCAAUAUCCUCCUACCUCGACCAUCUCAUUACCGAAAGGAAGUCAUGCUUUCAUUCCGAAGGUUCAAUACAAUUUUGGGCAAGAGGGCCGAAGAGAAAAGAAUGAAAGAAAAGGGCGGCAAGACGCGGUCGCAAAAAGUUUCCAGCGAUCCUGGGAGACUUAUCAGCGAUAUGCCUGGCUAAAAGACGAGGUAAAUCCCGUGUCUGGGGAAUCUAAAAAUGCUUUUGGCGGCUGGGCCGCGACAGCAGUGGAUGGUUUGGAUACGCUUUGGAUCAUGAACAUGAAACGAGAAUUUGAAGAGACCGUCGAUGCGCUGAAAACGAUUGACUUUUCCACCACUCGGCAGACCAAAAUAAGUGUCUUCGAAACGACUAUCCGUUUCCUUGGAGGCUUGCUUGGAGCCUACGACGUAAGUGAGGGACAGUAUCCUGCGCUGUUAGAAAAGGCCGUGGAGGUUGGUGAUAUGCUUUAUGCUGCUUUUGAUACACCCAAUAGAAUGCCUGUCGCUCACUGGGAUCUGAAAUUCAAAGCACGCCUCCAGACAAAAACAGAAGGACAAGAGAGUGAGAAUCAACAAAUGGCUUCUCUGACUACCCCUUUAGCGGACCUAGGGUCGCUUACUUUGGAGUUCACGCGGCUUUCUCAGUUGACUAAUGAUCCGAAAUAUUUUGAUGCUGUACAAAGAGUUACAGACGAAUUGGAGAAAGCUCAAAACAAGACCCGACUUCCCGGAAUGUGGCCUACUAUCGUUGAUGCCGAAAGGCUCAUAUUCGACCUUGGUGGCACAUUUACGCUUGGUGGGAUGAGCGACUCAGUAUACGAAUACUUUCCGAAACAAUACAUUCUUCUCGGCGGCCGCAAGCAACAGUACCGCGAUUUGUACGAAAACAGCUUUCAAACGUUCAAAAACUUGUUCUAUCGACCAAUGACUCCUACCAAUCAAGAUAUUCUCCUUCCAGGCGACAUCAAAGUCUACCGAACUGGAAGCUCAAGCCUCGUGCCCAAGAGCCAGCAUCUCAGUUGUUUUACAGGCGGCAUGGUAGGCCUAGCUGCCAAAGCUUUUGAUCGGCAAAACGACAUGGAAACAGCUCGAAGGCUCGUGGAUGGUUGUAUAUGGGCUUAUGAAAGUAUGCCCAGUGGCAUCAUGCCCGAGAAGUUUGAGAAUCUCCCGUGCACGGAUGUAAGCGGUUGCGAGUGGAACCAGGAAGAAUGGGAAACGAAGAGGAUUAACGAAGCCAUCCCUCCCGGGUUUGUCAAAGUGGAUGAUGGGAGAUAUCUGCUCAGACCGGAAGCGAUAGAAUCAGUUUUUGUGCUCUACCGCCUCACCGGCGAUAAGAUGUACCAGGACAAGGCUUGGAAUAUGUUUCUCGCUAUCGAAGAGCAGACAAAAACCAAUCUUGCCUACUCCGCCAUUGCAGACGUUACCAGACCCAUGUCAGAGAAACUCGCGAACAUGGAAAGCUUUUGGUUUGCAGAAACGCUCAAAUAUUUCUAUCUCAUUUUUAGUGAACCGGAUCUGGUCAGCUUGGAUGAAUUUGUGCUAAAUACCGAAGCGCAUCCUUUUCGGCGAUCGCAACAAUAA